GUUUCCCUCCCACAGCCCAAAAGCCAAGCCAGCUUCUUCUUCGUCCCCUCCGCUCCCCACCAAACUCCGCGGAGCAAUCCAAGUACAAGCCCCAAGCGCGUCGGCGGCGGCUGAUGGCGUCGUCGGCGUUCAAGUCCACCACCCGCCGGGCCCUCCACGGCUCCGCCGACCGCCCCGCGCACGCGCACAAGCAGCCUCCGCCCGCUGCCCCCUGCCCGCGCCGGUCCCGCAGCGUCGCCCCCGCGCCCCGCCGCGGCAGCAGGCCCCUCGAGGACUUCGCCGCCAGCGCCACCCGCACCAACCCUCUCUUCGUCGGCCGCGGCACCGGCGGCGCCUCCACCCCUCCGCCUCCGCCGACAUCCGGGGCCUCUGGGGGUGAGAGAGGGAGGGAGGAGGCGCGCCGCGGGAGUCGCGGCUCCGGGUCCGGGUGGGCGAGGUCGGCGUCCGUCGCGCCACCGCAGCGUCGGCGCCCUGCCGCCUCUUCGGCGGGGAGUGUUAGCGGCGCCGGGGGCAGGGGCAGGGCUUCGCCGCGGGCGUGGUCUGCGGCCGAGGACGACGCGGCGCGGCCUCGCUGGCGUGGCUCCGAGACUGAUGUAGAGACAAAGGAUGUAUCAAGCAAAAUGCAGUCAUGGAGGAGUCCUGAUUCAACUCCAGGCUCAUCGCAGGCCAUUUCACAAAGGAGCCAUUCAACUGCCCCAGUUCUGGAAAUUCCUCCUGAGUUUGAUCCGGAUUCUGCUGAGUUUGCCUCUGACAUGGGUGAUUAUACAACAGAAUUCAGAAGGAGAGAUUUUGUGGAGAUUCCUCUUGAGUUUGAUCCAGAUGCUUCUGAGCUGGUUUCAGACAAAAGCUACACUGUGCCGAAAUUGCAGUUGGAGCAAACUGAAAUUUUUCAUGAGUUUGACCCAGACUCUGCUGAGCUAGCUCCUGACAUCACAGAGUAUACAUCAAAACUGAAACAGUCACAUGAACGUGCUCGAAAGCUACGGGCAGACUUGGCUGUUGAAGAGCAGCGUGAACAAGAGCUGAGUAGAAUGCUAAAGGGCAUAGUAGCUGUUCCAAGUUUGUCUGAGGCACAUAAAAGGCGACCAAAAAGAAAGAGUAGUAUAGAGCGAUUGAGAGUGUCAAGGCAUUUGGCUGAAGAGGCAAUGAGUUACUUUGAGGAGUGUGUUUCAAUUUCAACAUUAGAUAGCACUGAUUUCUCCUCACUUGAGGAUCCUCAACCAACUUCAGUUGGGACUGUCCCACAAAAGAGCAACAGUAGAUUUCUCCGCAAAGGUGGAUCAGGCUUCUUAGAACCCCAUUUUCUGAGUGAUCGACACAGUUAUCACGAGGAAUCUGAUAACCAAACCCAGUGCUCGAUGAGCAUAACUGGAUCUGAUGUGUCUGACAGUGUUAUAUUUAGUCAUGCCAAGUCCCUCGGCUUGGGAACUAGAAUCAACUCAAGUGAUGAUCUUGACAGCAUUGACACACCACGGAGCAGAAGUUCUUGUUUCUCUUUCUCUCAUGGGCCAGCAAACACUGUUGACAACUCCGAUGUUCAACAAUAUCUAAGGAGUUUCAGUAGAGGAGUCAGUAAAGGGAGAUCAAGUUAUUGUGCCGACGACUAUGCUAUCCAGAAAAUUGGCGAGGACAUACUAGCAGAUACCGUGACCUUUAAGAAUCGAAUAGAAUACGGUGGUCUUCUUCUUUGUAAUAUCAGAACAUUCUGAGCCAACAGAGCAAACAGUGCCAAAUGGUAAAAGGACUAAUGUAAUUAUCAUGAUGUAAUUAUAACCAGAUUAGCAUUGUGUUCCAGCCUUCCAGGUGUAUUUCUCCAUCUAUUCUUCGUGUGGUGAUUAUAGAUUUUGUUGUUGAA